GCUCGAUUAAUCUGAAAAAGAAUGGAAACGGAGAGCGCCGCCUGAGAAGCAGAGGGAGGUUAAGUCGGUCGCUUCGUGAAGUUGCUGGCGAGACAGUGAGGUACCGGCGAAGUCGCUGGGCGGCUAGGGUUUCUGUGCUAAGUUCCUCCUACGCGAAGGAAACGAGGCAUUAGUCAACUACCUUUAGGAAAAGAUGCAGAGACGGAGAAUCGCGGCUAGGGGAGUUUAGAGCUUUAUGCCAAGGUUCAACGUGGUGGGUGGGAGUUCCUUUUUUUUCCGGCGAGUUCUUUGUCCCUUGAAGCUUGGACUGGAGUUCUUUCAACGGCGUGUCUGGUUCUAUACGAAGGAUUAGCUGAAGAACAUUUACCUUCUUUGUUUCAUUGGAGUUGCAACGCGAUUGUUUUCUCUUUUCGUCCAAAUAUAGGUCUAAUGGCUAUCAGAAGGUUGCAGCAUUGAGCAUUAUGCACAGACAAUUAUUGUGAGAAAGGGGAGGAGAAAACGGAAACAGAUUUGUUGCAUUGGUUUGGAAUAUCCGAAUAUUAACUGCCAUUCCUCCUUGAAUUGAGCUUGUCAUUUAUUAAAUUGAAAGGAGUGUGUGGCUUUUACUAGCAUUACACUAGUAAGCAUAUAUUACAUAUAGUUUAUCUGUAUUGACCAUCCACAAUUGGCUGUGUUGGAGAUGCCUGCACUUCCUCCGGUUUUGUCUUUCUUCCGUACACUAUAUCUCUGUUUCCCAUCUCUUCUUUCUGGUGGUGGAGCAGAAGAGAUCUCGGAUUUGAAUAUUGGAUUUAUUAAGCGAGCAACACCUUUCUGAAAAUGCAUGCUGCCUUUGGUGCAAUUGGGUACAAGGAAGGUGUUCUGAUUAAAUUUAUCAAUGGGACAUAGUUUCUUAGAGUUCUACACUUUCAGUGACUGAUCUUUGUAUUUGCUUGUUAGGGUCUUUUUUGUGCUUUUUAUUUUAUUUUAAUGUAGGAGGGUUGUAUAUGAGGUGUCCGGCUUGGGUCAAUUAAAUGGGUUUAAUAGAUGGUAAGUUAGAGCUGUGAAGAAAAUGACUGAACUGACAUCAAUUGCCCAAAGUUAUCACGGUAGGAAAAAAGCUAGGGCAUAAUUGUCUGAACUGAUAUAGUAUAGGGGCUAAAUUGAUAUUUCAGCCAUAUUCCAUGUUGAUUCCUGCAAUCAGGUUCAUUCAUCAGAGACAAAUCUUCAUAAGUAUUCAUUCUAUUCAAUUCAAAUCACUUUCUGUGCUUGCCCAAUUGAGCUCAUAUCUUUCAGAUUCUUCUUCUAGUUCUGAUGGAGAAAAUUCAAAUGGUAAUGUCAGUAGUUCUACUUUAGUCCAAGAUUUUUCUAAAGUUAACUCGUAUGGGGCUGCAGAAAUGCUUUACAAAUUAAGGAAUGAACCAAAUUCUGCAUUAUCAUACUUUCGGCAGAUGAAGGAGUGUGGGUUCCAGUACGAUGUUGAUACUUAUGUGGCAAUUAUUAGGAUACUUUGUCACUGGGGCAUGGAUAUGAGAUUGGAUUCUAUACUGUUGGAGGUGAUAAAGUCAGAAAAGGAGAGUUUGGGUUUUGAUGUGUCAGACUUGCUUGAGGCAUUGAUGGAAGGACUCCAUGCUGAGUGCCCUGAUUCUAUAAUUCGGACACUAGAUGCAUUGGUCAAGGCUUAUGUGAGCUUGGGCAUGUUUGAUAAGUCCAUUGACAUGCUAUUCACAACAAGAAGGCGGGGAUUUGGUCCAAGCUUAUUGUCUUGCAAUUUUUUGAUGAAUCGACUUGUUGAUUGCGGGAAGCUGGAUAUGGCUGUGGCUGUAUAUAAGCAGUUGAAGAGGCUUGGGUUUAAUCCAAAUGUCUACACUUACGGGAUUGUGAUCAAGGCCCUUUGCCGAAAUGGGAAUUUGGAAGAAGCCGGGAGUAUUUUUGGGGAAAUGGAGGAAAUGGGUGUGACUCCUAAUGAAUUCACUUAUUCUGCUUAUCUCGAAGGCCUUUGCUUGCAUGGUCUAUCUUCUUUGGGUUAUGAAGUGUUACGAGCAUGGAAAGGCGCAAACAUACCCCUUGAUGUCUAUCCUUACACUGUUGUCAUUCGUGGAUUUGUUAAUGAAAGAAAGUUUUUAGAAGCAGAAGCUGUUUUACUUGAUAUGGAAGAGCAAGGUUUGGUCCCUGAUGAUUAUACUUAUGGGGCACUGAUUCAAGGUUAUUGUCAGAUAGGGAAUAUUAUAAAAGCUCUGAAUGUCCAUAAUGAGAUGACAGCUAAGGGUAUUAAAACUAAUUGUGUGAUUCUUAGCUCAAUUCUUCAGUCUUUGUGUCAGAAUGGGAUGGCAUCUGAGGUUGUUGAACAAUUCAAUAGUUUUAAGGAGCUUGGAAUUUUCCUAGAUGAGGUUGUUUAUAAUAUUGCAAUUGAUGCUCUAUGCAAACUGGGGAAGUUGGAAGAGGCUAUGAAGUUGUUAGAUGAGAUGAAGGGUAAGAGGAUGACUCCAGACAUUGUGCACUAUACCACUUUAAUUAAUGGAUACUGCCUACAUGGGAAAGUAUUUGAUGCAUUGGUCUUAUUUAAAGAAAUCAAGAAAAAUGGAUUGAAACCAGAUGUGGUUGCAUAUAAUGUGCUUCUUGGUGGAUUUUCUAGAAAUGGUUUGGCACGAGAGACACUUCACCUACUGGAUUAUAUGAAGGGACAAGGUUUAAUACCGACCACUGUGACAUAUAAUGUGAUUAUUGAGGGUUUAUGUAUGGGACAUAAUGUGGAGGAAGCUGAAAAAUUUCUCGAUAACCUAAACUCUAAAUCUGAAGAAAAUUAUGCUGCCAUGAUCAAUGGAUAUUGUCAAUCAGGCAAUACAAGUAAAGCUUACAAACUCUUCCUAAAGCUGUCCAAGCAAGGCAUUUCUAUAAAGAGGAGUUCUUGCUUGAAACUGCUGGCUAGCCUUUGUUCAGAAGGUGAAUAUGACAGAGCUCUGAAGCUAUUUGAGAUAGUACUGUGUUCUGAUGAUGGCCCUUGUACAUCAAUGUAUAGCCGUAUAAUAGCUGCUUUAUGUCGUGAUGGAGAUAUGAAAAAAGCUAGGUGGAUAUUUGACAAUAUGUUAUGGAGAGGAAUAACUCCUGAUGUAAUUAUUUAUACCAUGAUGUUAAAUGGUUAUUGUAGAGUGCAUUGCUUGCGGGAGGCACACAGUCUUUUUGCUGAUAUGAAAAGUAGGGGAAUUUCUCCUGAUGUUAUCACCUACACAGUUAUGCUUGAUGGACAUUCUAAAGGUUUAAAAAGAACUCAAUCCUCAUCCUGUGCAGGGGGGAACAAGGGAGGAAGCAAGAUUGCUUCUGAUCUCUGGUGUGAAAUGAAGGAGAUGAAAUUGACAGCUGAUGUCAUAUGCUACACUGCGUUGAUUGACAGUCAUUGCAAGUCUGAUAGCCUUGAUGACGCUAUUCAGUUAUUCAAUGAGAUGAUUGAUAGAGGUGUAGAACCCGAUAAUGUUACAUACACUGCUCUUUUAUGUGGCUUCUAUAAGCAUGGACAUAUAGAAAGGGCUGACAGUCUUGUGCAUGAGAUGAUGGGUAAGGGAAUAGAACCAGAUAGCCGUAUGAUGUUUACAUUACACACUGGCAUGUUGAAGGCCAGAAGAGUGCGAAUCAAGCAUUAAACCUCAGGAACUCCUAUACUUGGCUAGUUGGAAAAGCUUUCAAGGAUAUAAGCUUUCAAGUUUGUCAGUCCAUUACCUAAUAUCUUGUUACACUCUAUGCUGACUUUUAUAUUCAAUGGGUCUGAUGGGCUGCUGGGUUCAUUGGCAAUUGUAGAUGAUGUAAUUAAUGAUUGUCAGUAGGGCUGCUAUCACACUGGUGAUAUGUCAACUUCGAAGAGGAACACAUGGUAGCUUGACUACAAAUUCCUCAAUGAGUAUUUCCCCUCCACCCCCUUCUAUCUCAUGCUUUUUGAGUCGGUUCAGCAGUGUUGCGGAGUUCCUGAAGAAGCCCACAUCUCUUUAGAAGAGGAGUCUGAUGGCUGUGGUGGAAAGAUGAGGUGGGUACUGCAGUACUACAAGAAGGGCUUUUGUGAUGAUAUUGGCGGGAAUAUCUGCUUCAUGGAUUGGCUAUUAUGUUUCCCAGAGGCUUUCUUAGUUGCACUGAGUUUUCACAAUACAGCCAGUGCUCUGACAUCCACCAUUCUCCCCCGCUUUCCACCUCUUCCUCCAUCCUUUCUCAAUCAAAAGGAAGGAGGAAAUGGUGAAAUGUUCUCAUCGUGUU